AAGCGUCUUUUGGUUUAAUAACUUUAUAAAGUUCCCUCGGUUCUUCAAUCUUCACUCUUCCGAGUUUCGAUUCAUAUUCCAUCGGCUCUUAAAGCUCCAUCUACGAUUAUAAAUUUGAGUAAUUGCAGCGCAGAUUGUUGUUCCUUGUUAUCGAUCAAACCCUAAUUUGAGCACAAACACUGUAGAGCACAUCGACCGACUUAGCUCUUCAGAAAUCAGAAGUCAGAACAUAGCGACUGGCCGAUUCCUUCAUCACAAGUUCACGGUAUCGAUCAUAGCGACUGGGCGAUUUCUUUUGUUCUUCAUCAAUCAUCACGAUAAUAUAGAACCAUAUUUAUUAGCAGAACCUGCUGUAGUUAUGAAGAAGGCAAAGCUCGAUUCAACAAUAGAACCUGCUGUAGUUGUGGCUCCACAGGAUGUUGACCUUGAAGAAGAUGACAUUGAUGUGGUUGAUGUAGAUGUUAAAAUAGAAGGUGAAGAGAACGAUGGUCGAAGGUAUGGAGGUUUUUUGAAAGACUUCCAAUUGGUAAUGAUGGGAGGCAAAGGGCAAAAUGUAAGAGAUGCUCAAAAAGAUACAUCUGUGAAACAAAAAAUGGAACAUGAAGCUUGCCAGGUUGUGGAUGAGAAGAAAAGUGACAUGGUGUUUAGUAAAAGCACGAAAGAGAUGUUAAAGGAGUUCACAACUUAUGAGAGUACAAAUUUUGUUUUGUCUCAAAAAUCACAGUUGGAGAUGUACUUAGAUGAGCCAAGAAGUGACAUAGAUGAGGAUUUAGAUGUUCUAUCUUUUUGGAAAGCACAUAAAUAUCGUUAUCCGGAGCCUGCUUCUAUGGCUCGGGAUAUUUUAAGCAUCCCGCAUGACAUUGUUGAGGCUAUAAUUUGUACCAAAGAUUGGUUGUUUGCAACUAAAGGUGAUGAAGAGUUAUCUUUAGAAGAACUUACCGAUGAUGUCAUGCAAAUGGAUAACAAGUAUACACAAGUUGAGGACGUUUAG